ACUACCGCAUUCCUCAGGAUGGACAAGCUCGCGCGUCUACUGUACAUAAAAUUUGAGAAAACGUUUUGAUAGCAACGUUGGCAGCGCGUUGCCAACAAACUGACUUUAAAAGAAGCUGAGAUAACAAAACGCAUUUUUGACAUAUCGUUUUGAUAGAAAACGUCCUGUCGUUCGAUACCUACCUAUAGAAUCGAAUGAUGUGCGAGCCAGUGUUUUGUGAUAAAUACGAAAGAAGUAUACAAUAAAUACAUGUGCAACGAUGUCCGAGAUAGAUAUGGAUAAGUUUGCUGUCCCAGACUUCGUCCCCGAACGUUACGUAAAAGACCUCGCUAGAUCCUGCGUCGGAGGGGAGGAGCUACAGCAACAGAAGGAGAAAAUACAAAAUUUAGCCGAAGAAACCGCAAGUGCCCUAAAGAAAAAUGUCUACGAGAAUUAUAUGCAGUUUAUCGAGACUGCGACGGAGAUAUCCCACCUCGAAACAGAAAUGUACAAGCUAUCGCAUUUGUUAAGCGAACAGCGUUCUGUGCUGACUGUGCUCUCCCACGCCUCAAUCCUCGGUAACGAGAACGGUUUAUCACGCGAGUCUCUUGAUAAUCACGACGUCGAGGCUGAGAGGGCAGAAGAGGAACGAAAAAAUAAAUUAAAUCUCAUUACAGAAAAGGUAGAAUCAUGCAUGAAUCUGUUAGAUGUCCCAGACCGAACUCUGCUUCAUGAAGGUGACUUGCUAGAAAUAGAUGCAGAAGAAAAUACUGCAUUACAAAGAAUGCAUGUAUAUUUAUUUAAUGACUGCCUUAUGUUAACAUCCUGGAUUUCUAACAGACGUGGUCCAAUGAGAUAUAAGUUUCAAGUGAGUUACCCAAUAAAGAAUUUAGCAGUGGUGAAUGUAAGAGAUUUAGGAACUGUGAAACAAGCAUUUAAAGUGUUAGCCUUCCCAGACACCAGAGUAUUUCAAUGCAAUAGUUUUGCGAUAAAAAAAGAUUGGCUAGACAAAUUUGAGAUAGCAAAAAAACUGUAUAUUGAAAAAGAAAAUUCUAAACAGAAGAAAAAAGAUAGUCAAGAAAAAUCAAAAUCUGAAUCUAUUGAAUCACCGAGUCUGUCUGUGGAAGAGAUGCCAUCACCCCAAAUUACACCAUUGCCUGAGUGGUUGGCUGAUGUUACUGAAGAGCUUGAUGUUUUGAUUGUGGAGAGACAUUUUCAAAAGACCUAUGAGUUGAUGGUUUCAGCUCAAAAAGCUUUAAAUACUGAAGAUUUUAAAAACCAUCCACAAAGGGUUGAUAUAUUGAAAAAAAUAGAACAGAAGCAAAAGAGUUUAAUUGAAAUAUUAUUGAAAGAUUUAGAUGUAACACAUAAUUGGAGUUUGCGAGGAGGUCUCCAAUCAACUAGACAACCGGUACUGAUACUCAAUAAGUUUAAUAUGACCAGUCAGGCUUGUGACUUGUUUUUGACGAUAUGCAGUUACACAGUCAAAGUUCAUGUGAAAAGGGUGCAACUGGAAGGGUCAAUUAACACUUAUGUCAAACAAGUGGGUGAAGUGUUUUUUUGCUCAUUGAGUGAUGCCUUAACAGAGUUUAUUUCACUAUUUCCUAAAAAUAAAAUAAGUGCUUUUAUAGUCUGGGCUAGUCUGCAACUUAGGAUAUUGAUGAGUCAGAUUAUAAAACAAGUGUUCACACCUCAGUGUGCAUUAGAUUCCGUUCAGGAUUGUGUUGAGAGUCUAAGGGAACAAUGUACAUUGUUUUGUCAAUUUGGUUUAGAUUUAAGAUUCCAGUUGAACAGUUGUUUGAGAACACCAAUAAUAAAAGCUUUGAGAGAAUAUAAAGAGAAGACUGUUGACUCUAUGAAAAAUAAAAUCACUGAAGACAAAUGGACUCCAGUGAAUAUGCACACCAAAGCAGGUGUCAAUAAAUUCCUGAAACAAAUGGAAACUUUGGGCCUUAUAUUAGCUAAGUAUGUAAUUAAUGAAACAUGGGUAGAUUUAUCAAGUAGUACCAUAUGGUUUACAAAGUCUAUUGUCACUAUACAGAAAAUAGGUCUCCAGUUAGUGAACAAAGAUAUGAUGGAUAACCUUGAUGAAUACAUUUAUACAAUAUUCAAUUCAUGGCUUGUCCUCGCAUCAGUCAACGAUAUUAGUUAUGCAAAGAAGAAUUUCAAAUUCAUUUUAGAAACAGUGAUGCCUUUAAUGCUUAGAUGUUAUAAAGAAGAAGUUGGCUAUGAUAAUGAGAAAUUAGUAGCUUUGGCAAAGAACUAUGGUGUCAGUAUUACACCAUCCAAAAACAUCACAAAAUACACAAGUAAUGAAUAUUUAUGAGAAUAGUCAAUAGUCUAUAAAUAAGAUGUAUGAAAUUAUUUAUAUUAUGCUGAAGCUUUAAAUUUGUAAUAUAAUAGAGAGUAAGCAAGCAGAAUUAUGUUAGUUUAUAUAAAUACUGAUCAAAUUAAAUUUUAUGUAUAUGCAAGUUACGAAUAUUAAGUUUUAAUACAAUCAUUAUUUAUGGUGAUCUGUUUAAGUGUUCUUUGAAAUUGUAAAGACAAGAAUAAAAUAUAUUUCCAGUA